CGUGAACUCAAAUCUAAGCUGAAGAAGAAGUUUGACUGUGUGUUUGAGGGGAUUGCUAAAGCAGGAAACCCAACACUUCUGAAUCAGAUCUACACAGAGCUGUACAUCACAGAGGGAGGGAGUGGAGAGCUCAAUGAGGAACAUGAGGUCAGGUGGAUUGAAACAGCAUCCAGGAAACCAGACACACCAGAAACACCAAUCACAUGUGAGGACAUCUUUAAACCUUUACCUGGAAGAGAUGGACCAAUCAGAGCAGUGAUGACAAAGGGAGUGGCUGGCAUUGGGAAAACAGUCUUAACACAGAAGUUCACUCUGGACUGGGCUGAACACAAAGCCAACCAGCAUAUCCACUUCACAUUUCCAUUCACUUUCAGAGAGCUGAAUCUGCUGAGAGGGAAAAAGUUGAGCUUGGUGGAACUUGUUCAUCACUUCUUCACUCAGACCAAAGAAGCAGGAAUCAGCAGGUUUGAGCACUUCCAGGUUGUGUUGAUCUUUGACGGUCUGGAUGAGUGUCGACUUCCUCUGGACUUCAACAACAACCAGAUCCUGACUGAUGUUACAGAGUCCACCUCAGUGGACGUUCUGCUGACAAACCUCAUCAAGGGGAACCUGCUUCCCUCUGCUCGCCUCUGGAUAACCACACGACCCGCAGCGGCCAAUCAGAUCUCUCCUGAGUGCGUUGACAUGGUGACAGAGGUGAGAGGCUUCACUGACCCACAGAAGGAGGAAUACUUCAGGAAGAGAUUCAGAGAUGAGGAGCAGGCCAGCAGAAUCAUCUCCCACAUCAAGACGUCCCGAAGCCUCCACAUCAUGUGCCACAUCCCAGUCUUCUGCUGGAUCACUGCUACAGUUCUGGAGGACGUGUUGAAAACCAGUGAGGGAGGAGACCUGCCCAAGACCCUGACUGAGAUGUACAUCCACUUCCUGGUGGUUCAGUCCAAAGUGCAGAACAUCAAGUAUCAUGGGAGAGCUGGGACAGAUCUAUACUGGACACCAGAGACCAGGAAGAUGAUCCGGUCUUUGGGAAAACUGGCUUUUGAGCAGCUGGAGAAAGGCAACCUGAUCUUCUAUGAAGCAGACCUGGCAGAGUGUGGCAUUGAUAUCAGAGCAGCCUCAGUGUACUCAGGAGUGUUCACACAGAUCUUUAAAGAGGAGCGUGGGCUGUACCAGGACAAGGUUUUCUGCUUCGUCCAUCUGAGCCUUCAGGAGUUUCUGGCUGCUCUUUAUGUCUUUGUGACCUUCAUCAACUCUGGAGUCAAUCUGCUGUCAGAAGAACAGUCAACCUCCUCCAAGAAAUCUGAACUACACCUCCUCCAGAGUGCUGUGGACAAGGCCUUACAGAGUCCAAAUGGACACCUGGACUUGUUCCUGCGCUUCCUCCUGGGUCUUUCACUGCCAACCAAUCAGACUCUCCUACGAGGCCUGAUGACACAGACAGGAAGUGGCUCACAGACCAAUCAGAAAACAGUCCAGUUCAUCAAGGAGAAGAUCCAGGACAGUCCCUCUCCAGAGAGAAGCAUCAACCUGUUCCACUGUCUGAAUGAGCUGAAUGACCAUUCUCUAGUGGAGCAGAUACAGUGGUACCUGAGAUCAGGACGUCUCUCCACACUCAAACUGUCCCCUGCUCAGUGGCCAGCUCUGGGCUUCAUCUUACUGUCAUCAGAAGAACAUCUGGAGGUGUUUGACCUGAAGAAAUACUCUGCUUCAGAGGAGGCUCUUCUGAGGCUGCUGCCAGUGGUCAAAGUCUCCAGGAAAUCUGUGUAG